AUGGAAAAAAUAGGACUAACAGGACGUGGAGUAAAGAAUAUAAUGGACUGCAGUAGGAAUGAACAAGGAAUUAAAUAUUUGAUUUGCUUUCUGACUAAAACGGGACUCAUGACAAGAAUAUGAUGACUAAAGUACAGUAUAUGGGAAAUAACUAGUACCAGAAGAUGGCAGUAAUGCAACGUUAAGGAUGCAAGCUGCCGUUAAAACCCAAAGAAGAAGAAGAAGUUGUUUUCAGUGUUUGCUUUCAGUUUUCAAUCAUGACAAGUCCAUCACAAUGAUGCAGACACAUCAGCGUUUGUGGAUCAUAUUACCAUGUUUUAUUGCAUUAUUGGCUGUGACCAUUACAUGUGAUCCUGCGGCCUCACUUUUGCUCCUGUGUCUCUGCUGUAUGGCUCUUCUAUGGAAGAUAAAGAUCAAGAAUCGCUCCAUAUCGAGUCUUUUGGCUCAGUAUGUGGCUGUGAAAGCAGUGGGCUGGCUGGGGAGUCGCCAGAGAAACAGACUAGAGUCAGACACACGGGACAUUCAUCGUGUUCAGGAGGAAACUCUGCUCCAGCGUCUGCAGAAACACUCCGACACCGUUUACGGCAAGAACUACGAGUUCAGAUCAAUUAAAGAAUCCGAAACAUUUCAACAGCACCAUCCAGUCACGGAUUACAACCAUUAUGAAAAGUUUGUGGAGCGUGUGGCUAAAGGAGAGCAGAAUGUUUUAAUAUCGGAAAAGCCUCUUAUUCUGGCUAUGACGUCAGGAACGUCUGGAUCCAGCCGUAUGCUUUUGAGCACCAAAGACACCAACACAGAAUUCUUCCUACAGGGGGUGACAAUUUGUCUAGAUGCCAUGAUGCAAGCCUUUCCAGCCACUGACUGUCUCCAGAAAACCCUGAAGCUCUUUUACUCGCCCAUUUUUCGUCAGAGUGAGGCAGGUAUUCCUAUUGGCCCCAACUCCUCAACUCCUGCCUCCUCUAAACACAUGCUGCAUCUGUACACCACGCCAGCGCCCGUCUAUCAGGUGCUGAAUGAGAGAGACGCCUUGUAUCUCCAUCUGCUGUUUGGGCUGAAAGACCGCAAUCUUGGCAUGCUGGAAUCCAACUUCUGUUCUACCGUCUUUUAUGCCUUCAGAGCCCUGCAGGAAUGUUGGAAAGAUCUUGUGGUGGAUGUGGAAGUGGGCAUGAUCAACUCCGGUCUGAGCCUGAAGGCUGAUGUACGCCAUGCUCUAGAGAAACUGAUGAAGCCAGAUCCGGAGAGAGCCGCUGAGCUCGCAGCCCAGUUUGAGGAAGGCUUUGAGGGGAUCGCACUCAGAAUAUGGCCCCAGUUACACCUGGUUCUGACAGUGGAUUCGGGCUCCAACCAGAUUUAUGGGGAGAUGUUACGGCGGCACUACUGUAAAGAUAUCCCAUUCUACUCCCCUUUCUACGCUGCCACUGAAGGCCUGAUAGGUGUGAACCUGUGGCCUCAGCAGGAGAGCAGACAAUAUCUCCUGUGUCCUCGCUCCAUGUUCUGUGAGUUUAUACCAGAGGAGGAUCUGGAUUCAGAACGGCCCAAAACUCUCCUGAUGGAGCAGCUUCAAGAAGGACAUAACUAUGAGUUGCUGGUCACCAACGCUUCAGGAUUAUUCAGGUAUCGCAUUGGAGAUGUUGUGAAAGUAGUUGGGUUUCAUAACCAGUGUCCAAAAGUGGAGUUUCAGUAUAGGCGCGGUCAGAUGUUGAGUGUGCGUGGUGAGAAAGUGUCUGAAUCACUGUUUUUGGGGGCUCUUAAGAAGGCAGUGACACAGUGGCCAGGAGCCAGACUAAUAGACUACAGCUGCGUUGAGAGUGGCAUUUUAGGCAGUGCAUCUGGAAUAGCUCAGCCGCAUUAUCUUGUGUUUGUUGAGCUAAAGGGUGUGAGGAACCUCUCAGAGGAACAAAGAUACAAGUUAGACCACUGCCUACAGGAGGACUCUGAUAUCUACCGAUCCUUCAGGAUGAAGGGCAGCAUCGGACCAAUGAGAGUUCAGCUCGUUCGUGAGGGAACUUUCCAAGAACUGAAAGAUCGCAUGAUGGCCUUCUCCAGUGCUUCGUCUAACAACUUCAAAAUGCAGCGUGUGAUACGCAACAGAGAGUUUGCAGACUUUCUACUGCAGAGGACUUUUUCAUGAGCAUUUCAAUUAGAGAUGAAUGAAGUGUCAUUUUUGGCAAUGUUAAAAUAUUUUCUGCUAUCCUAGUUUUAUAUGCUGAGAUGAUAGGUUGGUCUGCUUGAUGCUGCCAGAGAGAUGGUUCUUGGUCCUGGUCCUGGAGGACCCGAAUACUGCACAUUUUGGAUGUUUACCUUAUUUAGCACACAAGGGUACUGUAGAGUAUGCCGUCAACCUCAAUUUCCGUUUCCAAAAACCUUUCCAGUAACUUUCAGGCUAUGUUCGUGCUAAUAGUUUGUUCUGACCAAAUGGGACAGUCCGUCAUCAGAUUGUAAUGUUAUUGAAAGCUUGUGAAUUAGAAUCCAGUAGAAAAAUGAUUGAAUUAUAAUAAUCAUUGUUAUUAUUAUUAUUACCUCACAAAAUCUAUUUCAUCAAAUUUGACUGAUAUCCAAUAUUACCAAUGAUUGAUUUUUUUUUCCUUUUGGACAUGACUUGAAACCACACAAGAUUGUAUCAAGUGCAUGCCCAAGUUUUUAGGGCUCAUUAUCGUUUAAAAAUUUAUGACUGACAUUGUGAAAUAUUACAUUACUUUUUUUAAAUAUAUAAAUACAAAAGAUUUACUUUUAAUAGUUCAAGCUGUAUUAAAAGUCUUCUAGAGCCAUAUAACUUUGUGUGAGGAACAAACCAAAAUUGAAGUCUAUAAAUUUGACCAGUUAUUCUAGUCCAGUUCUUCUUGGACUUGAAUGAGCUGGUCUCAACUGCAACACAUACAAAACCUGAAUGAGGGUGGUCUUGAUAGUGACCUUCCACCUGUUUUAAACACCUUAGUCUUAUUCAAAAUCACAGUAGUAAAGGUAAGCCAAAGAAAUAAUCGGGUUCCAAAGUAAAUCCAUCUCCAAUCGAUGAUUAAACAUACUGAUUGUAAACAAACAAAAAAUGUGACAUCCUAUCAAGCAAGGUAAAUUCUAAGCAGGUAAGCCAGCAUACAACUAUUAAGUAAAACAGAAAUUAAUGCACUUAAA